AUGGACCUCAACUACCUAUUAUCUCCCAGUUCAAAGCCAAAUGCACUCGCAAGACGAGGAACUAACCGUUCUUCGCAAAACCAUUCCACCUCGGCGAGUGGUUCAUCGCAUGGGAGAAGGGCAAACCCAUCUAAAUCUUCGAGCACACACCACCACAACGACAAAAGCAAGAAAGAGAAACCUUCAUCGUCGCAGAAAUCCACCGUUGCGACCAGGCCACACGUCUGCCAUCAGUGUGAUAAGCCAUUCUAUAAACAAGAACAGCUCAAACGCCACGUUCGUUUGGUUCAUGAAAAUUGGCGACCUUUCAAAUGCCUCUUCUGUGAAGUUACGUUUGGAACCAAGCAGAAUCUCCACGUUCAUUUCACCACGAGGAAGCACCGUCAUCGAUUUGAGAGCCUGGAAGCAUCUAAUCCGAAGCUUGCAAAGGAACUGACUUUUAAGCAGUGCCAUCUUGAGAAGAGUUGACGAAGUCCAACUGCAUCUCUAUACUCGUUCAUGAAGUACAUUUAGUGGAGGCGCGCUGGAGAGAGAUGUUCUGGCAUUCCAAAGCGAAGUGUAGCUGCAUACUGUACACGGAUAAACUACUCCAUAUCUCCGGGCCCAGUGAAAAGUUAAUUUGACAACAGUAAACACAUCAAUCUGUA